AUGGUGACUGACAAACAAUAAUAUACAACUAAAAGUUCACAAUGUUAUAAACUAUUAAGACAUCAAUAAAAAAAAAUGAGGCAGGAGGGUCAGAGUCCGAGAAGGAGACGUGAUGACAGAUGCAGAGAGUGAGAGAUCUGGUGCUUCACUGCCGGCUUUGAAAAGGGAAGAUGGGGCCAUGAGACAAGUAGGUGGCGUCUAGACGCUGGAAAAGGCAAGCAAACAGAUGGUGCCUUAGAGCCUCCAGAAGGAAGCCCUGCAGCCGAAACUUUGAUUUGGGACUUGUGACCUCCAGAACUGUGAGAUACAUUCACAUUGCUCUCAGCCACUAAAGUUGUGGUAAUUUGUUACACCAGCAACAGGAAACUAAUAAUGGCCACAGUGGAAUUUGGAAAUGGUAGUAGCAAGCAUCAGGCUUUCCUGAUGUUGGCUCUUGCUGGAACAAUCCAAGCCCAUACUCAGCUGUUUACAUUUACAGUUAUCAUACCCAUUUUGUGCAUGAGGCCGCCAUACCUGAGAGCCAAGUUUGCCUGGGAGAAGUGGGGAGGCGCAGACCUGGCGUCCAGCCAUGCUGCCAGAUGAGUCCCAUCUCACACUUCCCAGAAGAGCUUGCUGACGGCAGAUCCUACAGUCAGGACACCAUGUUGGGGGCUGGCCCCAGGAUGGAGGCUCCGGCCCAGGACUCGGGGCAGGGAGGCAUCCCCAAGGCAGAUCCCCAUGGAGCUGACAGGGGCCAGGAGGAGAGGCCCAAGACGGAGCUAAAGCCCCUGGCAGAGGAUCAACCCAAAAGACACCUGUCUCAGGAGGGAGACCUGCAUGGAUGGACAGCGGACAGCAGAACAACUCCCCCCAGUGGGGGCUCCCGGAGCUGGGGCCUUGGUGUGAGCUCCAGCCCAGGGACCCGUCAGAGUGCAGGAACUGGACCCCUGGCGCAAGAACCAUGUGGCCCCACCUCCUCUCAGGCCCCUGACCUGGUCACCCCCCAGGGGCCGCAGGCCGGGGAGGGCCCCUGUCAGUGCCCAGUGGGUGUCAAGGCCUCCAGCCAUAACUCCUGCCUGGUGUGGCAUCACAGAGCACCCCCUGGGGAGAAGCCCCCACUGUGUGACCACUGUGGAGGCCAAGCGCCACUCUGGAGCCAUCCUGGGGCCCAGCUGUGCGGGGUCCACACAGACUACCCACCCUGCGAACAGGGCAUGGGUGCCCAAACCUUCCCUAGGACCCUGCAGCGGACCCCCCUCCAGCAGAGCCCCUUGGUGGAUCGCGUGCGCCGGUGCGGCGAGGCCUUUGCCUGGAGGGCCCCACUGGCACCGCAGGAGCUGAUGCAGGAGGCCGAGGAGCCCCUUCCGUGUGCCGGUUGCGGGAAGUGCUUCGGUCCCAACGAGCAGCAGCUGAUGGGCGGGGGCCCCUCGAUGUGUCCCCAGUGGGGCCAGGCCUCGGGUCCUCGCCCCCGGGCGCCGGGCCCCCGAGCCCAGCGGCUGUACGCGUGCCACGAGUGCGGCAGGGCCUUCACGCGCACGUCGAGCCUGCUGCAGCACAAGCGCAUCCACACGGGGGAGCGGCCCUACCAGUGCCCCGAGUGCGGCAAGGCCUUCGUGCGCUGCUCCGGCCUCUACCGCCACCAGAAGACGCACUCGGCCGAGCGCCUCGGCCCGGCCCUGGCCAGGAGGGCCUUCCUGCUGGGGUGCCCGCCCUGCGGGUGCUGUGGCAAGGGGGCCCCGCGGCCCCCACGGGGGCCCGUGGCCGGGGAGAAGCUGUACAAGUGCGUCGAGUGCCCCAAGGCCUUCGGCCUGUUCUCACACCUCGUGGAGCACCGGCGCGUGCACACCGGUGAGAAACCGUACGCGUGCCCCGAGUGCGGCAAGGCCUUCAACCAGCGCUCGAACCUGAGCCGGCACCAGCGCACGCACAGCAGAGCCAAACCCUACGCGUGCCCGCUGUGCGAGAAGGCCUUCAAGGGCCGCUCGGGGCUGGUGCAGCACCAGCGCGCGCACACCGGCGAGCGGCCCUACAGCUGCCCAGAGUGCGGCAAGGCCUUUCGCGGCUGCUCGGAGCUGCGCCAGCAAAAACGAGUGCUGCGCUCAGAGGAGCAGCCGUUCGUCUGCGCCGACUGCGGCAAGGCCUUUGUGCGCAACUGCAGCCUAGUCCGCCACUGGCGCACGCACACAGGCGAGCGGCCCUACGCGUGCGGCCAGUGCGGCCGCGCCUUCAGCCAGCGCUCCAACCUCAACGAGCACCGGAAGCGGCACGCGGGCGGCGGGGACGGCGGGGCCCCUCUCCCGGAAACCUCUCCAGCGUGUUGA